UAUAAUUCUAUCCGCUUCCUGUUUUGAUUUUCGAACGAUGUUGGCAGGCUACAAUGCAGUUUUCCAAACAUUAUUGGGCACAUUGUUCACAUGGGGACUGACAGCCGCAGGUGCUGCUUUGGUAUUUGUUUUCCACAGCAGCCAGCGAAAAGUUUUGGAUGCUAGCUUAGGAUUUGCUGCUGGGGUGAUGACAGCAGCUUCUUAUUGGUCCUUACUUAAUCCGGCCAUAGAAAUGGCUGAGCACUCAGGGUUGUACGGCGACAAGGGACAGUGGUCGUUUGUUCCAGUAGCCAUUGGAUUUGUUCUGGGAGCUGCAUUUGUGUAUGGAGCAGAUAUCUUCAUGCCUUAUUUAGGUGCAGACAAUCCUUCGAGCCUGAUGAUGUCCCUGAAUCCAGACAUCAAACAAGAGAAGGAUGGGGCAAUGAAUAUGAAUUUCCAAGAAAAUAAUUAUUAUGAAUCAAUGAAGCAACAGUCAACCAAUCAGCCACUUCGACGCAAACCAACACAGGAGCAAAUCAGCAUAGACAAUCAGGACAUCUCUGCGCCGUCAGCCAAAGUCAGUGCCAUUAACUGGAAAAGGAUAUUACUGCUAAUAAUAGCCAUCACCAUUCAUAAUAUACCAGAGGGACUAGCAGUAGGGGUAGGUUUUGGUGCAAUAGGAAAAACUCCAGCUGCUACUUUUGAAAAUGCAAGAAAUUUAGCUAUCGGGAUUGGCAUCCAGAAUUUUCCAGAAGGUCUAGCAGUAAGUUUGCCUCUACGAGGAGCUGGAAUGUCUACAUGGAAGAGUUUCUGGUUUGGUCAGUUGAGUGGAAUGGUGGAGCCAGUAGCUGGUUUACUGGGGGCGGUGGCCAUUGUGAUAGCAGAGCCCAUUCUGCCCUAUGCUUUAGCCUUUGCAGCAGGUGCUAUGAUAUAUGUAGUUGUGGAUGAUAUUAUUCCUGAAGCCCAAACAUGUGGCAAUGGGAAGAUAUCUUCCUGGGGAGCAGUCCUUGGUUUCGUGGUGAUGAUGUCCCUGGAUGUUGGUCUUGGAUGAUCGACUGGAUAGUCAUUAGUCCUGAAUUUGUACUGUUUUAUUCCAAUAAACACUGUACAUUAUUGUCCAUUUUACAAGAAUUAAUUGAUCCUUAGAUCAGGAUUCUAUAUUCUAUACAUAUCUUCGUAGACCUUUAAUGACCGCCAAUUUGGUUGUGGAAGUAUAUAAAGACAAGUUAUGGAAUCUUUGAUCAAUAAACAUUGGUGAUGGUAUUUGGUACGCCUAAAAGCAACCAAGAUUGAGGGUGAUCAAGAACUAUUAAGCAUUGAUCGUUAUUUUAUAUGUAUAUUUUGUCAGACACAAUCCUUCCCUGCAAUGUUUCAAUCCAAAGGUCAGGGAUCAAUUUGUGGCAUUAUUCUACCCUGUUACAUAAUUGUAAAGGAAGGGUAAAGUGUUGAAUAUUGGAUUUUAAAGCAUCAUGUAAAAAAAAUCAAUACUGAUAUGUUAGUGUAUUUUUAUAAAUCAGUGUUAUAUAGUAUAACUGUCACAGGUGUUUCUUGCCACUGAAAAAUAAAACAUGUGAUAGAAAUAA